ACUCUCAUCCUUCUCAUGUUUGAAGAUAACAUCUUUGAAUUCUUACAGACAGACAAUGUUGGAGAAGUGCUGGAAAUUUCAAGUGGGAUUUCCCCUAAUUUCACCAGGACCUCUACAAAGUGUGUGCAUGUUGGAACAUGCAGGCUCAGAGCUUCCAAAGCAGCAACAGAAGUAGUCUUAAAUGUUCCUGAAACUAGGGUGAGUCCUCUGGAAAAUGGCUUACAAGUAGCCUCUGAAGACUCUGGACUCUCAACAUGCACGGUCGGACUUUGGAUUGAUGCUGGAAGCAGGUAUGAAAAUGAGAAGAACAAUGGAACUGCUCACUUCCUUGAGCAUAUGGCUUUCAAGGGAACAAAAAAGAGAUCUCAGUUAGACCUUGAACUAGAGAUUGAGAAUAUGGGAGCUCAUCUGAAUGCGUAUACAUCCAGGGAACAAACUGUGUAUUAUGCAAAGGCUUUUUCAAAAGACUUACCAAGAGCUGUGGAAAUUCUUGCUGACAUAAUUCAGAACAGUACUCUGGGAGAAGCAGAGAUUGAGCGUGAGCGAGGAGUUAUACUUCGAGAGAUGCAAGAGGUUGAAACCAAUUUACAAGAAGUUGUCUUUGAUUACCUUCAUGCUACGGCCUAUCAGAAGACAGCCCUAGGACGGACAAUUUUAGGACCCACUGAAAACAUCAAAUCCAUAAACCGUAAUGACUUGGUGGAGUACAUAACAACACAUUACAAAGGACCCAGAAUGGUCCUGGCUGCUGCUGGAGGGGUCUGUCAUGAUGAGCUACUUGACCUAGCAAAAUGCCAUUUUGGUAACUUGCCAUCUGCUCCAGAAGGAGGACUGCCACCCUUGCCACCUUGUAGCUUCACAGGUAGUGAGAUCCGCAUAAGAGAUGAUAAGAUGCCCUUGGCACACAUCGCGAUAGCUGUUGAAGCUGCUGGCUGGUCGCAUCCAGAUACAAUCCCACUUAUGGUAGCAAAUACUCUGAUAGGUAAUUGGGAUCGCUCCUUUGGAGGAGGCGUGCAGAAUUUAUCCAGUAAACUUGGUCAGAUUGCCUGCCAUGGUAACCUGUGUCACAGUUUCCAGUCUUUCAACACCUGCUAUACUGAUACAGGGCUGUGGGGACUCUAUAUGGUCUGUGAACCAUCCACUAUAGAGGACAUGGUGCACUUUGUUACCAGAGAAUGGAUAAGACUUUGCACAAGUGUUACAGAAAAUGAAGUAGCUCGAGCAAAAAAUCUUCUGAAGACAAAUAUGCUGUUACAACUUGAUGGCUCCACACCAAUCUGUGAAGACAUUGGAAGACAAAUGCUGUGUUACAAGCGGCGAAUCCCAAUUCCAGAACUUGAGGCAAGAAUUGAAGCUAUCGAUGCCCAGACUAUUAGAGAAGUUUGUACAAAGUACAUCUGUGAUAAGCACCCUGCAAUUGCUGGCGUGGGUCCAAUUGAACAACUUCCAGAGUAUAACAAAAUCUGCAGUGGCAUGUAUUAGCUUCGUGAGUAGUGAGUAACAAGAACUUCCACAGUGUUUGAGCUUUAAAAACAAACAAGCAAGCCUUACACUCCUGUUUAAAGCUUUUGCGUUGGAGAAAAAUACAUUUGAGAAGAUUAGAACUCAAGAACCAGCCAGGCCUGUAUGUCUGUAUAAUUAAGGAAGGAAUGAAAACACGUACAGUAUUUGCAUUUUUAUUAUAAAACAAAGAUUGUCAGUAAGAGUCAUUUCUUGACUUUAGUAGCAUUCAUCACUUGUUCUUGAGCAGCUUUCUUCGCCUUGACCAUUUCAACAAGUUCCUGGACAGUUGGAAAAAAAAAAAGAAAUAAGAUACUUACCUAAAUGCAGAACUUCUAGCAAUGCUGUAGUUUUGAACGCUACGUACAUUCAGCCUGAAACACUCUGAGGCAUCUAGGCAGUUUAGUAUCUUAAACCAAUUUCUCUUAGAAACAAAUAAAUUAAUGGAAGGUCAAUGUUCAUCUACUUCCCUUGUAUCAGGAACUUCACCUACAAGAGGCUAGGGAUAGGACUUCACCAUCUGCACGAGCUUGCUGUCAAAUGUUAAGACAGAUUUCAUGAGACAGAAUUCCCUUCCCACUCCACCUUGUGUUAGUUUAGUUAGUUAGUUGUCAGGUGGGGAGAACAACAGUAAAAGCAAAGGAUUCUACAAGACCUGGGCUAAUCACAAUCAUAGAAGGAGUUAAGGUACCAUACCUUAUAUCGCUUCAUGCAGUCUUUUUUUGACCGGCCUGGAACAGCUGCUGCUAUUUUCUCCCAUCUCUCAGGAGUAUUUACUGGAUAAGUCUUCAAUGCUUGUUCUAGAAGCUUUUGUUCUUCUGUAGUCCAAGGGGAUGAAUCUAAGGGUGAUCCUGUUUUUAAAUGCAAAAGUGACAGUAAGAAAAAAAAUAUUAAUAAAGAAUCUAUGAGAUAUGCCUAAGAAAAUACUGUGAAAUCUACUACAAUUGAUUUAAAACCCUUGCAGUUUUGUGAUACAACUAGUCUGACAUAAGAGCUACCCAGCAGAGGUAAAAAAAAAAAGCAACUCUGAAACUGACUGGACAAGUGGCCUUUGGGAUGUUUAAAUAAAGCACAGAGGAGUAAAUUAGAAGGUAACAUCUUUCACUGUCAGCUGGGUAUUAGACGGCCACAGCAUUAGGGUAGCAAUGCAGCUUUGCCUUUUCUGUUUCGGUAAGGAUCACUUGGUAAGGAAGCACAGCUUUCUGCAAGUGUCCGGAAAAUUUGAUGAGAGGCAUUUGGGGAUUAACAGGAGACCAAAUCUUAGCUGUAGGAUGCUCCUGUAUCUCAAGUGCAUACCCUGCUCUUACUUGAAAAUGUAGCACCCUCUGAGGAACAGAUGAUUUCAGCAUCAGACUUAACCUAUUACCUCACCAGGAAGCUUUUCAAACUGUUGCUAUUUAGUUAACUAGGGCUUGUACUGUGUGUACCAGAAACCCUCAAAUCCAGUAACAGGGCCUGGAUCACUUCCUUGCUGCAUAAAUUUGUAAGUUUGUUUGUAAGCAUGUCUUAAGUUCUGGGUUACUUUCUUUUUAAGAGGCAAAGCAGACAACUCUGCAAGAAGGGCUCCCUUUUCACCUUUACCUUCAAAUCGUUCUGAGGGAGCAGCACUGUCCAUCUGAGGCACCACACCAUGUUCUUUUUUAAAUUUGUCAAACGCUUUCUUGUUUAUAUCAUCUUUUUGAUGAGGGUCUAUAAGCAACAGACAUUGAAUAGAAUAAUUAUUGCAACAAAAUUAAAGCCAGAUGUAGUAAUAAAAACAUUAUGUUGCAGAUUAUUAGCUUACAAUAAUCACAUAAUAAAAACCCCCUAAUUCUGA